AUGCCCCGGCAAGCGCCCAACGCGCUUCAAAACCUCCUCGCUGGACUCGUCCUCCCCCUUCUCUCGAUCCUCCUCCUCCCGGUCAGCCUGGUCGCGGUCGGUCUGUGCGUCGCGCACGAUGCCCUCAGGCGGCGAUUCGUUUUCGCUAUGGGGUCUGAGGGGGCGGAGAGGGGGAAAGGGGAGAAGGAAGGGAAGAAGGGGUGUGUCAUCAUUAGUGGAGGGAGGAUGACGAAGGGGUUGACACUUGCUAGGGCUUUCAAGCGGGCUGGCUGGAAAGUCGUCGGCGUGGAGGAAGAAGGGUGGGGCGAGCUCUGCCCUCUCCGUUUCUCCUCUUCCUUAUCCUCCUUCCACCUCCUCCCUCCCGCAUCCACCUCGUACGCCGCCUACUCAUCCGCCCUCCUCCAACUGGCGCAGCAUCACUCCGCCGACCUCUUCAUCCCCGUCUCUGGCGUGGCCUCGUCCGUGGAAGACGCACUCGCCGCGGACGACAUGUACGCGCAUACCAAAGGACGGUGCCGGACCUUCAUUCAGGACCCCGAGACCAUGCGUGACCUGCACGAUAAAGACCGGUUCAUGGCGCUGGUGGAUCGGCUGGGGAUGCGUAUUCCCGCCGGAAAGAUGGUGAAGAGCGUGCAGGAGGCGAUGGCAUUUUUGGAGGAGCAGAAGAGGGAGAAGGUGGAGAGGCAGUUUGUGUUGAAGUGUAUGGGGCUGGAUGAGAAUCGGGGGGAUAUGACGCUGUUCCCGCUGCAAGGAGAUGGGGAGGGGUUGGGGCGGACAAGGGAGAUGUUGAAGGGGUUGAAGUCGAGGAUUGCGGAGGAGAAUCCAUACGUCUUUCAAGAGUACAUCCCGGGCCAGGAAUGGUGCACCCACGCCUCGGUCAUCCGCGGUCGACUCACCUCGUUCGUCGCUGCCCCUUCCAACGAUAUGCUCAUGACCUACGAGAACGCCACUACCUCCGCAACCGGUCGUCUUGCCGAAGAAUGGACUACCACCUUCCUCGACAAGCUCCAGGCUGAUCCCCUGCCUUCCACUUCCACGUCCAGCGAAGACCAGACCCGCGGUCUUACCGGUCAUUUCUCUUUCGACUUUAUCCUCUCCACCACGGACGGCCAUCUCUACCCUAUCGAAUGCAACGCCCGGGUGCACACCGCCGUCAUUCUUCUGCCAUUGGACGGGAUCGCCUCGUGCUACGAUGACGAAGGGGACGAGGACGAUCUGGAUCCUGAUUCGGGGUAUCACCGCGCCGUCCUCCGUCCGCCUCCCAAUACCCGGCCGAGAUCGUGGAUCUACAAUGAUCUGAUUAUGCGAUACCUCCCGCAAGUCGUUACCGCCCCGGACGUGCUCGAGAGGAUACACCCCUCCCUCCCCGCUUGCUCGCCGAGGGUCUACCCCAAGAAACGGCCGAGCGAGUCGGUGUGGGAUAUCAGGGUGGAUCCGACGCUUAUCGCGGAUGAUUGGGUCCCGUUCCUGGUGCUCUGGCAUGUCUUCUGGCCGGGGUUGCUGCUGCAGAAGUGGUGGCAGGGAAAGAAGUGGACCAGGUUGAACGUCAGUACCGGCCGAAUCUUCGAGGCAUAA